AGGGCCAUGGACAAUCUGCUGCUGGGGACUGCUUGGCGGACAACAAAACGACAACUAGCGUUUACAAUCAGCAACUUCUUUAGUUUGAAAGGCUGUAUAUUGUUUCUCCCUCUGUCAGAUCGAAUACCAAAAACCAGCGGCGAUGAACAGCCAUUGUAACGGGACCGGGAAGCAGUUGGUGACAGAUUUCUACUAUAAUAACGGUUUCAGUGAGCUGAGCCUCGAGACCAAGAAGACCACCGUACAGCAGCGGAAACAGCAUGAGACGUCCGGUAAAGAUGCUGAGGAUGAGUCCCGGUUACCGGCACUCGAAGCAGCGUACAGCAGCAUCUUGCGGGGGCUCGGGGAGGACACGGACCGGCAGGGGCUCCUGAGGACGCCUCUAAGAGCCGCCAAAGCAAUGCAGUUCCUUACCAAGGGAUACCACGAGGACGUGUACGACAUCCUGAAUGAUGCCAUAUUUGACGAGGACCAUGAUGAGAUAGUGAUAGUAAAAGACAUUGAAAUGUUCUCUCUUUGUGAACACCACCUUGUACCCUUUUUUGGCAGGGUACAUAUCGGAUACCUGCCAAAUAAGAAGGUGGUCGGGCUUAGCAAGCUGGCUAGGAUUGUUGAGAUGUACAGUCGGAGGCUCCAAGUCCAGGAGCGUCUGACCAAGCAGAUUGCCAUGGCGAUAUCAGAAGCUCUACAGCCAGCCGGUGUGGCUGUGGUUAUAGAGGCAGCGCACAUGUGUAUGGUGAUGCGUGGGGUUCAGAAGAUGAACAGUCGAACGGUGACCAGCUGCAUGUUGGGGGUGUUCAGAGAAGAUCCAAAGACUCGAGAAGAGUUCCUACGACUCACCAAGACUGCUUAGCAACCACCUCGGACCCCUGACCUCUAACCCCUGCCCUGACCCUGUAAAGCACAUGUUCUAGGGUAGAGUUCCUAAGACUACUCCACACACCUCACAGAAGCCUUAUAUACACACAAGGCAAUGCAAGCUCUCAAACCUGUGUGUGUGUGUGUGAAUUUCUGUCAGAGUGAGAGGCUAUAAUUAUGGUGCCUUCAGCUCACCUCAGCUAGAACACUAGUUAUAAGCACUAGAUAUGACUAGUUAAGACUGAGAUUUGUGGUGAUACUGGGAGCAGGAAAAUGCCCUACCUCUUACCUUUUUAAAUGCAACUCAUGAACCAGGUUUCCAUUCAAACUUUUUAUGUGAGUAAAGUACAUGUCGGAUAGAAAAUGUCACAACAGACCUGAUGGAAAUAGCAAAUUUGUCGGUAAUCUUCCCAAAUGUCGACAAAACAAAAUACGCUAGACAAGGUGGGAUCUUUUUGUGGCUGUAAAAAUAGUUAUGUGAGGAAUUGCGGUGGGAAACGCCUUUAUGCGCAAAUAUUGAUAUAAUAACCAUCUUAUCGAAAGUAAAUUUGGAGUCACGCAAUAUGUUGUGUGGUACUCCCACUACAACUCAGGAAAUCAUGCAAUUUAUUAGGCUACAGAUAAACUAAGUAAUGAAAUUCACUCUUUUAUAUUAAAUAUCAAGUCUUAUUCUUGUGAUAUAAUGAUCAGUGCUUGGCUGUCAAGACCAGAGUGGGCACAUACCGGAUAUAACCUAUCAGUUUUGUGACAAAAGCAUCAGUAGAGUUGAAAAUGCAACGGAAACCCAUUUAACUUGUAUUUUUUGAUUGUAUAUUUAACCGCAAAAGUUAUUUUUAUGUGCACUACGUCAUCAUGCACAGCCUUUUAGCCGCAACAAGUCAAUUUGAUGGAAAUACAUCUCUGGUGGGGAAAAUGUGCAUAUUGUUUAUAUGCAGAUUUUUGAAUAUUCACAUGAAAAUCUGUCACCGAUUGGGUGGAACCUAGUUACUGUCAUCAAGUUGCACUUUUUUAGGACCUCUCUUCUUAUUUUACCUACAGAAUGUAGAAAUGAAGAAAGGAGCCGUUUUCACAUAUGGUGCUGGAGAUUUGUAUUUUUUAUUUUACUUAACCUUUCUUUUGACAGGAAGUCAAUGUUAAGACCGAGGUCUCUUUUCCAGAUGAGCCCUGUUCAGCACAACAAUACACAUUAAAAUACAAUAAACACAUUAAACUACACAAUUAAAUACAUGUUAUUAUACAUAACAACAAAAAAACACAAUCAUAAAAAAGACAUUCUUCAGUAAAAAGGUUCCGGAACAACCAUCUGAAAUGCUCUAGAGGUAUCAAUUCCAAGUUUAAAGUGGAUCAUAUGUAGAUCAUUCCACACUUAAGGUGCAAGGAAAUUAAAGGCUGAUUUACCUAACUCUAAAAGCCAAAGGAAUCGCCAGAGUUAACCAACCCUGUGACUGGGUUUGAUAACCUUUCAUUUAUAGACAAUGACAGGUUGAAAAGUGGUGGAAUGUCCCUUUUUAAAGGGACAAUCUGCAGUCACUACAUACAUUUUUGGACUUAUAAAUUAAUUAUUUAUACUCAUUGAUUCUUGAGGAAUAUAACUUAUAUGCCUAAU